GAAAUCUGAUACUGACAGACUCCCAGGGAGCUGCUGCGGUUCGUUCAGCUGGGAACCAGGAAAUGCGCAAAACUCUUUAUGUCUGAAAACCAGCUGGACUCCCUGGGAGACUCAUCCGCCAUGGGAAACCGGCUGUGCUGUGGGGGAAGCUGGAGCUGCCCAUCAACUUUCCAGAAGAAAAACAAAACAGGGAGCCAAGCAAGACCCACAUUGAGGAUCCUGAAGCAGCAACAGCUGUGGCAGAAUGGCACAAAGGACUAUGAAACAACAGCACCAAUGUACGAGCAAGUGUUGCAGCUGCCUGUAUCUCAAAAGAAAAGUUCAGACUCCACAUCAGAGGAGAAUGACUUGCAUUACGCGGACAUUCAUGUGCUCAGCCAGAUGCGGCCAUACUCUCUCAAGAAGGUGGAAUGCCUGCAUUCAGAAUCUGCUACGGAGUAUGCCACCCUUCGCUUUCCCCAGGCCACACCGCAAUAUGACAGCAACAACGGAACACUGGUGUGAGCCCUUGGGAGGAAGUUCCCAUUUCUAUGAUUUUACCAUCCUGUGGGAAUAAUCUACUGUUCUCAAGAACAAGGACAUUGGCCAUGUUUUAAUCUUAAAGGACACCAGAACAUCUGGAAUUAUGGGUCCCCCUACUCUCUCCACUAUGAAUCUUUUGGUUUGGCACUGUGGUGGUAAGGCUAACAAGUAUGGGUGGACUGAGUUCCAAAAAAAUAUUUAUGUGCAGAAAGGUUGUUCUUUGACCCGCUAAUGUCGUUUGGAUUCUCAAAUGCAGCAAGAACCUUCUAUGCACUUGGCUGUUUCUGAUAGGAAUUAUUUAAUGAUAUUUGAUUUUGUUUGGGAUUUUUGUUGUUAUUUGCUUAUUUCUUGGUUGUUUUGUUUUUUGAGAAACAGGAUCUUAUGUAGCCCAGGCUGGCCUGGAACUUGCUACAUAGCUGAAGAUGGCCUUGAAAUCCAUGAUCUAUCCCAGCCUCUUACUACCAGGGCUGGGGUUACAAAUGUGGCCACUCUCUGCUAGCUAAUUAUAUCCCAUUUAUACACCUAUACCCCAAAACCGAAGAAAAAUGCUCUGGGGAAAUUUUCUGAGUUUUUGCACACAGCCUCAGGACUACUGUGGACAACCUAAUAGCUAGGUCAAAGGCUCCAGAACCUUAUCACAGAGAUGGGACUCCACCCACUGAGCCGCAAGGACUUCAGUUUGACGACACCAACAGCCUGGAGAUGACAUCCUGGAGAAACUUUCCUGGCAGGACUGUUAGCUCUCGUCUGAAGAACCUUUAGAAUCAAUAAAUAGUAUAAAGAACAGG